AUGAGGAAGAUGCUCGCCGCUGUGUCCCGCGUGUUGGCAGGCGCUGCACAGAAGCCGGCAAGCAGAGUGCUAAUAGCUUCCCGUAAUUUUGCAAAUGAUGCUACAUUUGACAUUAAGAAAUGUGACCUUCAUCGGCUAGAAGAGGGUCCUCCAGUCACCACAGUGCUCACCAGAGAAGAUGGGCUCAAGUACUACAGGAUGAUGCAGACUGUGCGGCGAAUGGAGCUAAAGGCAGAUCAGUUGUAUAAACAGAAAAUUAUUCGUGGUUUCUGUCACUUGUGUGAUGGUCAGGAAGCCUGCUGCGUGGGCCUGGAGGCUGGCAUAAACCCCACGGACCAUCUCAUCACAGCCUAUCGAGCGCAUGGCUUCACCUUCACUCGGGGCCUACCUGUCCGAGCAAUUCUUGCAGAGCUAACAGGACGAAGAGGAGGUUGUGCUAAAGGGAAAGGCGGAUCCAUGCACAUGUACGCCAAGAACUUCUAUGGAGGCAAUGGCAUCGUUGGAGCUCAGGUGCCCCUAGGAGCAGGGAUUGCUCUGGCCUGCAAGUACAAUGGAAAAGAUGAGGUCUGUUUGACACUAUAUGGUGAUGGCGCUGCUAAUCAGGGUCAAAUAUUUGAAGCUUACAAUAUGGCAGCAUUGUGGAAAUUACCUUGUAUUUUCAUCUGUGAAAAUAACCGCUAUGGCAUGGGGACAUCUGUCGAGAGAGCAGCUGCCAGUACAGAUUACUACAAAAGAGGAGAUUUUAUUCCUGGACUGAGGGUAGAUGGAAUGGAUAUCUUGUGUGUCCGAGAGGCAACAAAGUUUGCAGCUGCCUAUUGUAGGUCUGGUAAGGGGCCCAUCCUGAUGGAGUUACAGACUUAUCGUUACCAUGGACAUAGUAUGAGUGACCCUGGAGUCAGUUACCGCACUCGAGAAGAAAUCCAAGAAGUAAGAAGUAAGAGCGACCCUAUUAUGCUUCUCAAGGAUAGAAUGGUGAACAGCAAUCUCGCAAGUGUUGAAGAAUUAAAGGAGAUUGAUGUGGAAGUGAGGAAAGAAAUCGAGGAUGCUGCCCAGUUUGCUACAGCUGAUCCAGAGCCGCCCUUGGAGGAACUAGGCUAUCACAUCUACAGCAGCGAUCCUCCCUUUGAAGUGCGUGGUGCCAACCAGUGGAUCAAGUUUAAGUCAGUCAGUUAA